GUAUAAUGUGAUUUAGCUAAACGGUUCUCAGCAACUUCAAAUUACGCUUUGCCUCAUCCUCUUCCACGUAUUUCUUCUUGAAGGUUCCCACCCCACGUUAUUUCUAGACCUUUAAGCUCUAGAUCCCUACAAAAAAAUACCUGUUAGCCCUAAAAGGCUGCUACAAUUUCCACACUUUCAUCUCCUCCCUAAACAUGAGCUUCUCGGACUCUUAUGACAAUACCCCAAGUACUACCGCCGAAGGUGAUCGAGGUUCAAGACUGACAUUUUUGGAAGGUUGUGAAGACGAAAACCUCUCCUCUCUCCCUGACCCCGAAAAUGGGCAGACUCUGUCUCAACCUCUUCGGACUCGAUUGAAAGUAGUCUGGGGGUUAAUGGUGUUCUCACUGGCCAUAAUGAUUCUGGUUACCACUUCUUAUGUUCGAGUGAUGUCUAUCUAUACAAAUGACAAAUGGAAUCGAUACUUCGCACACAAUAGCUGGAUCCCUGUGUGCAUUGGCUUGGCUGCGAUUAAUAUGAUGUUUCUUAAAGGGCCUCAACAGAACCUAUCUUUAAUCGUAGCAAAAACUGGCAUUUUUAUUCUUCUCAUGGUAGAUAUAAUUGUCAUCGCCUCGUUUACUUUCGGUCGUUUGUGGAUAAAUUCUCAUACGCCCUUGGAGUAGUAUGGGCUGACAAGGUACUUGAGUCUCGAAGAAAUACGUGCUGACCGCAAACUGAAUUGCACACUGCCUAACUUCGCAUUAUCUUGGAAAUUGAAUAAAAAAAGAGGUGAUGUUAUACAUUCAUGCGCUACCUAAUUGCACAGAAGUGAUAUUCCCCACACCUUCGUGAUCAAGGUCGUCCCAAGCUCUGGUCGGACAUGAUAUUUCAAAUCUUUAUUUAUCAACUCGUUUCUUGCGUUUAGUCAAUUUUAAUAGGAAAGUUGGAUAGGUUAACAUUGUAGCCAGAAAAAGUUUCGGAGCGUUGACGUGCCAUAUGAG